AUGCCCCAGGGGACAGAUGUCUUGGGAUCUUUAACAUUUGGGAUGCUGCAAAUGCCGAAGUUAAAUGAAAUACCUCCGGGGAGGGAAGACAGGGAGGAGACUCCGGGAGAGGGAAAAAGGCCUGGACGGACAGGUCCUGAAGCUGCGAGGCAGGAUUGGGGGUCGCGGGGGCUUUUGGGCGGCGCCAGAGCUCCCUGGGACAGCUGGGGAAACUCCAAACCACCUACACAUCCUGGUCCAGGCUGGGAGCUGCAUCACCCUUCCCUACUCUGUGUCCCCUCCUCCCAGAAAUCCACCAUGGAGAGUAAGGAUGAGGUCAGUGACACCGAUAGCGGCAUCAUCCUGCAGUCUGGCCCAGACAGCCCUAUCUCCCCGAUGAAGAAGCUGACCCAUGCCGUGCGCAAGCAGCAGCGGGCCCUGGAGGAGCGGCUGGAGGCCUGCCUGGAGGAGCUGAGGAGAAUUUGCCUGAGGGAGGCGGAGCUGACGGGCAUCUUACCAGCAGAGUAUCCCCUCAAACCAGGGGAAAAGGCUCCCAAGGUCCGCCGCAGGAUUGGAGCUGCUUAUAAACUGGAUGAGCGGGCCCUGCACAGGGAGGACCCCAUGAGCAGCCUGGAGCAGGAACUGGCCCUGCAGCUACAGAUCACAGAGGCAGCCCGGCAGCUGUGCCGGGAGGAGAACAUCAGCAGGCAGGCCCGGCGGCAGCGGAAGCAUGCCAUGCUGCAGGAGGAGAAGAAGCUCAGGGAGCUGGAGCGUUAUGUCGGGGAGCAGCGACGCAACAGUGGGCCACCUCCUGCCCCUGCCCUCCCCCUGGGCCAAGAGCUCAGUGCCUCUGAUGACAGUUCCCUGUCAGAUGGGCUGCUACCAGAGGAGGAGGAAUUCCAAGUGCCAAAAGCACCUCCAGUGUCUCCUGUCUUGCCUUCCCCACCUCGUCCACCCCUGAGCCUUGAGGGGCUGCAACCGGUAGGACUUGAGAUUGGGAACCUGGAGCAAGCCCCGAUCCAGAACAGCCCCUGGAAGGAGACCAGCCUGGACCACCCCUAUGAGAAGCCCAAGAAGUCUUCUGAGCCCAGUAGCGAGUCUAGCAGCCCAGCCACCACACCACAGGAUGGGCCCAGCAUGUCCAGCCCAUGGCUACCAGAGCCAGCCUCCUUCCAUGUGGUUCCCAUCCAUAGUGUUCCCAGCCCACGGCAGGGCCGCACCAGUGCCCCAGCCACCCCCGAGAUGCAGGGGAGGAGGGGCCAAUCUCAGUCUCUGAGAGUGGAUUCCUUCCGGGUGGGAAUGGAGGGUCGAGGCCGCAGUGCCUUUCCCCGCCGCCGACCCACUUACUACACUGUGACGGUGCCAGACUCUUGCUUCGCCUCCACCAAACCCCCACUGCCACCCCCUGCCUACCACUCCUGCUCGGAAGACAGCGGCUCGGAUGUCUCCAGCAUCUCCCACCCUACCUCGCCCGGCAGCAGCAGCCCCGACAUCUCCUUCCUGCGGCCUCUCGCCUCACCUGAGCCCCUUCGCCACUGUGGGGCUUGGGGUCCAGCUGGAGGGAGAGAGCUGACCACUCACUACCCUCAGCUACUGUUGUCUCCAGAAUACUUCCCAGCAGGGCGGUAUGUGAUGGUGGCCGAGAGCCACCAGCCACCGGGCAAGUGGGAACUACGCCCUGUGGCUUACGAGGAAGAGGGGGCCCCUCUACGCUACCAACGGCUGGUGCCCGCCCACAGCCGCAUCGUGCGCACGCCCUCGCUGAAGGACAGCCCUGCGGGCCGGGGCCUCAGUAAGGCGGCUGUCUCGGAGGAGCUCCGGUGUUGGCACGAGCGUGCACGCCUGCGGAGCGCUCGCCCUCACUCACUGGACAGGCAAGGGGCAUUUCGCGUCAGGAGCCUGCCGCCAGGAAGAGAGAGCUUCUCUCGAGCCCUGGGCCCACGGAUACAGCAUGUGCCCACAGUGUGUGUGCUGCGGAGAUCACCUGAGGGAACCCCUGUGCAAGUCUUUGUACCUGAGAAUGGAGAGAUCAUCAGCCAGGUGUAA